GCUAAUGAUUUCAUGGCUUUGCCACGGACACUUGCUUCAGCCGUGACGGCGAAGAUGCCGCCGCUGUGGUCGAAUCUUUGGUUAGACCUUCGGGCGUUGGGCGUGUUUCGCCUUGCUUUAGGUGCUGCAUCCCUUGUAGAAGUCAUGGAACUGAUCACUUUCCAAGGAGCCUUUCUGGAUGAGAAUGGAGUGUGUCCACCGGCCAGAAUGUCCAGUGGGACGAUGUUUGACCUGUACUUGGCAUGCAAAUCACCUGAAAGUGUUUUUGUGCUUCUACUGAUGCACCUGCUAGCCGUGCUGUGCUUCAUGUUUGGAUUUUGGACCCGACUCAGCGGCUUCGUUUGCUGGGUCUUUGCCAUGUCCCAGCAUCAUCGCUUAAGUAACUGCGUGGAAUAUGGGGGUGAUCGGUUGAGAAGUCAUCUAUUCUUUUGGUCCUUGUUUCAACCCCUUGGACUUGUGUGGUCCAUAGAUGCCUACUUGCAGUCUGGGAAAGCUUCACAAGUCGAUGUUCCAGCUACGGAAUGGAUACCAUUGUGUUUCUGUCCAAGGGCAAUAGAGGAAUUGCCACACCCGAAAAAGGAGAAGCCGGUGAGGAAUACUGCUGCACCACUCAGUGCCUUCCUAAUCUUGCUUCAGCUGGCCUCCAUGUACGAAUACACAGCUUCAACGAAAUUGGGUGAAAGCUGGCAAAGUGGAGACGCAGUUCUGCAAACUUUGCACCUCACACAGUACGCUCGUCAACCAGUGGCUAGCAUCCUGGCUUUGUUCCCAUCCAUUUGUCGUCUCUUUACACAUGCAACUCUCUACAUUGAAAAAUAUGGCUGGCUCUUGGCUUUUUUGCCCUUCCAGCUUUCAAGGCUCCUGGCCUUCAGCAUGUUCUUCGGCCUCCACUUUGGCCUAAACUUGAGUCUUCGCGUUGGGGGUUUCCAGCUCUUUGUUCUCAGUGCUUGGUGCGUGGCUUUGCCUCGCUGCAUGCUGGACUUGUUGGAAGCACAACUGCAACGUUUCUGGCCGCGCUUUGCCCAACUCUUGGUUAUUUCGCAGACUCCAGUGGGACCAUCAGCUGCAAAGAGAGCAAUGAGGCUGGGAUGUGUCACCGCAUUCAACCUCCUGGGAUUUUCCCUCAUAUUUCUGGCCAUCGCUGAGGGUUGUCUUCAUCGCGAUCGUAACCAAUGUGCCAUGGCGCCGCUCAUGCGCGAUUUCGGUGCCCAGCAGCUGUUGAAGAAGCUGGAUCUGCUGCAGAGGUACAACAUGUUCUCCCCAGAUCCCCCCAGAAAGGCCGUGCGGGUACAGCUCUAUGGUGUCUUGGCCUCAUCCCAAUGUAAGGUUGGCGUCCAGGAAUUUUGGAAAUAUUGCCGGGUCGUUGAGUUAUGGAGCGAUCGGGGAUUCCCCUCCUGCGCGACCAAGAUGUCACUGCAGACCUGGGAUAAUCUCUCUGCACCUGCGAGGCAGCCGGUGGAUUUCGCAACGAAUCGAUGGAGGAAACUGGUGGAAAAAACCGAAAAGAGCAAAGGCCUUGGAGGAUACAUGUGUUCCCAAUGGCAAGCCAGUCACUCACCUUCCCAGCUGCUUGGGCUGUGGUUGGUGCGGGUGUCCUCGGAAUGGCCCAAGGUGAAGGAAAGCUUCACAGCUGAGAUGAAAUACUGGUGCAGUUCCCAUGCGAAGGAGUUGAUGCAGAAACUGCCACCGCAACCGUGGCUGGACUGAUCCAAAGCUGAUCGCAGCGCAGAAUCAGAAA